UACCCGUGUUCAGGACGUUGCUACAAAGCGACAAACGCGUGAUUGACCAAUCUCACAACGUUUACAAGUGCGAGAUCGAAUGGAAGCUACCUCGUUGUGUAGAGUAUUAUCUAUUCAAAGUCACGUAGUAUCAGGCUAUGUAGGGAACGAUUCCGCCACAUUUCCUCUUCAGGUUCUUGGAUUUGAUGUUGAUACAAUCAAUUCAGUUCAACUUUCUAACCACACAGGAUACGACCAUGUAAAAGGGCAAGUUCUGGUUGCUAAUGAACUCAAAGUCUUAUUUGAUGGGCUCAAGCUAAACAAAUUACAUCAUUUCUCUCACCUUCUGACAGGUUAUGUAGGUUCAAAAUCAUUUUUGGAGGAGGUACUUCAAGUUGUUCAUGAUCUACGACAAGCAAAUCCUAACCUAGUGUUUGUUUGUGAUCCUGUCAUGGGAGAUGCAGGGAAAUUUUAUGUUCCUGAAGAGUUGUUACCAGUCUACAGAGAUCAGCUUCUUCCCUUAGCAGAUAUUAUAACACCAAAUCAGUUUGAAGCAGAACUCCUGACUGGUAUGAAGAUAACCAAUGAAAGCGAAGCCUUUAAGGCAAUGAAAAUACUUCAUGAUAGAGGUACCGAGACUGUGGUAAUUACGAGCUCAGAACUGGGAGAUAGCAAAACACUAAUAGCUCUUGGCAGCUCUGUCAAUGGCAACAAAAAGUGCAUUAGGAUGGAAAUUCCCAAAGUAGAUGCCAUCUUCACUGGAACAGGAGAUUUGUUUGCUAGUGUCCUUCUUGCAUGGCUUUAUAGACAUCCAGAUGAUCUAGCACGUGCUUGUGAGGCAACUGUAUCAACAGUUCAAGCUGUGCUGAAACGGACAUUAGCUCAUGCACAGCGACUGGCUGGUGAAGGAAACAAACCUACAGCUGGACAAAUUGAACUACGACUUGUUCAAAGUCUUGAUGACAUUAGAAAUCCAAACAUAACGUUUAAAGCUCAAAUAGUUUCAGAUUGACUUUUUUUUUUAAGUAGAAACUACUGAAAGAUUAGUUUUCCCCAAAAUAAACCAUUUUAAUAACUUGACCAAAGUAGAGCAAAAUGUGCUUUAGAAUUCAAGAUAUUUUACAUACAUAAUAUAGCGUUAGGGACAAAUUCAAAACUUAUUGCUCUUGGGAGAUGGGGAGGAAUGAAGAAUCACAAACCAGUUUACUGAUGUGAAAUUUUUUUGUGUGGUAUAAAUGUUUUUAAAGGGGUGGCAGAGUGAUGGAAACAACUCUUAAUUAUAAAUGACAUGCUGUAUGAAAAAAAAACUAUGUAUGGUAUUACUUAAUUAUCUUAAUAUAUUUUUUUGGACUAGUCAGACUUGUGUACACAGAACAUGCUUCCUUACCUGCCCCCUUGUCUGCCACUGACUAACAUACAGCAUUAACUUUCUCAAUUCUUACUUUCAUGAAAACCACUGUUUAACCUAAAGAGAUGGACAUAAAUAAAAACCUAUUAUUAUUAA